AUGGCGGCACUGAAGAUGGCGACGACCACAACGAAGAACAGCGGCCCGUACAGCAACAGGCCCAGGGCCGCGCCGAUGGCAUCGGAGAGCCUGGCCUUCCACCUCCUUUGCGACAAGCAGCACAUGCGGGCCUGCGCCGAGCUGUGCGUGAGCCAGGGCUUGGAGCUGGUGCGCUGCUGCCGCCAGGAGGAAAAGAAGAAGGCGGCGGCCACCACCACCACGACAGUGACCACCACCACCACCACCACCACCACGACGACGACGACGGAGAUGAUGAGGGAGAAGGAGAACCGAGCAGCGGAGCGAGAGGAGGAGGAGCAGUUCAGGAGCGAAGUCGAGGACUGUGUGCUCGAACUGGUCGACCUGAGCUGGGAGCUGUUGCGGAUUGCGAGCCGCGAGCAGCUGCUCGGCGCACACUUCAUGCGCCGACCGGUCGACGAGUACUGCGCGGGCGAGGGCGAGGGGGUGAUGGAGGAGGGCGCCGGGAGCGAGGCCUGGCCCUUCGUGAAGAUGAUCAACCUCGAGGCCUGCAGCGAAGCUAUCGAUGGCGUGCUGGGCCAGCUCAUGGAGUUCCUCAACUCGGCCGAGCGAGAGGAGGAGGAGCGCAAGUACGGGAACCAGUCGUCAGAUGACGAGGGUGACAGCGACGAUGAUGAGGAGGAGGACGAUGAAGAAAAAGUCGAACUGGACCAGGACAGUCAGAGGGAGGGAGAGGAGGCGGAGAGCAAGCGACGACAGCAGAAGCUGCUCGAGGCUGCCCUCUGCGAGCGACGCACGCCGGGUGGCAGGCCGCACAGAGCUCUGCGCGUGACUUGUCGCGAUGCCUCUCCCCGGUGA